AUGGCGGAUCUCCACCUCACUCCUCUCUUCCUUCUCCUCCUCACCUUCUUCUUCUUCAUUGCCGGACUGCGGAAGCUUUUCCGCAACUCCGGCAAAGGCCGCCUCCCGCCAGGGCCAUCGAAGCUCCCCAUCAUCGGUAGCCUCCACCUCCUCCGCAAUGGCCUCCUCCACCGCACCCUGCGCGACCUCGCCGGCGUCCACGGCCCCCUCAUGCUCGUCCGCCUCGGCCAAGUCGACCUCGCCGUCGCGUCCUCCCCUGAGGCCGCAAUGCAGAUCACCAAGACCCACGACCUCAACUUCGCCUACCGCCCUCAGCUCCUCUCCCCUUCGAUCCUCUGCUACGGCUGCACAGACAUCGGCUUCGCCCCCUACGGCGGCUACUGGCGCCAGAUCCGCAAGAUCUGCGCCACCGAGCUCUUCAACGCCAAUCGCGUCAAGUCCUUCUUCGCCAUCCGCGCGGAGGAGCUCGCCAAGCUGCUGCGCGUCGCGGCGGCGGCGGCGGAAGAGGGCCGGCCGCUGAACGUGAACCACGAGCUGACGACGCUGUCGAACAACGUCGUCUCCCGCGCCUCCUUCGGCUUCAAAUGCCCCGAGCAGGACUCGCUCAUUGCCAUCAUAAAGGACGUCAUGAUGCUCGCCUCCGGCUUCUGCGUCGGCGAUCUUUUCCCGUCGCUGAAGCUGGUGGACUUGAUCUCCGGCCUCGCCUCCAAGCUGAAGAAGCUUCACCGCAAAGCCGACGAGAUUCUUGACGCGGCCAUCGAAGAGCACCAAAAGAACCAGAGCGAAGGCGAUGAGAAAGAUCUCCUGGACAUUCUGUUGCUCCUUAAAGACGAUGGAACCAUGGAGAUCCCAAUCACAUUCGACAACAUCAAAGCUGUGAUUUUGGACAUCUUCACCGGAGGAACAGAGACCUCAUCGACAGUCGUGGAGUGGACGAUGUCAGAGCUGAUGAGGAACCCCGAGGUGAUGGCGAAGGCCCAAGCAGAAGUGCGAGAAGUGAUGCGGAGGAGACCAAGGGGUCUCGUCGACGAGGAAGUCGUCGGCGAGCUCCAUUACCUGAAGCUGGUGAUCAAAGAGAGCCUGCGACUGCACCCGCCUCUGCCUCUCCUCGUGCCGAGGGAGGCUAAGGAGACGUGUCGGGUGCUGGACUACGAUCUGCCGGCGGGAACGAGGGUGGUGAUCAACGCGUGGGCGCUGGGGAGGGACCCGCGCUACUGGGGCGACGACGCCGAGCAGUUCCGGCCGGAGAGGUUCGAGGGCACCGCGUUUGACUUCCGAGGGAACCACCUGGAGUACUUGCCUUUCGGCGCCGGGAGGAGGAUAUGCCCCGGCAUAGCGUUCGGGAUGGCGACGGUGGAUCUGGCGUUGGCACAGAUGCUGUUCUACUUCGACUGGGAGCUACCGAGAAGAGCAGGGGCGACGUCGCCGCCGGAAGAACUGAACAUGGAGGAGCUAUUCGGAUCGAGCGUGGUGAGGAAGGAGGAGCUCCGCCUAGUGCCGGUGCUUCGAUAUCCCUUACCGCCUAGAGAAUUAAUGCAAUAA